UACCAAAUACCAGAAACCCUCGAACUCGAAGGUCCAAUUAGCUUCUCGGGUUCGUUCCCAGGCCCAAUCUCCAUCUCCCUCCGGUGAGCCCUCCUUCUUUCUCUCUCUCCUCUGCAAAACCCUAGAUCUCUCUCCGGUGAGCCCCGAAGCUCCGUUUUCGCUUCGGAUCCGGCGUUUUCACCGUCAGAUUUUCUUCAAAUACGUAUAUCUGGUUGACCAUGUCUAUGGUUUAUGUAGGCUCUGUGAGUAGUACUUGAUGGAGAAUAUGCUAUGGACAUCUUCCGCUGAUGAAUUCUGUUUUCUGCAUAUUGUUGUUAAAUAUUUCUUUUAUAGAUUGAGCUGGGCCGACUAGACCCAACUGUGGGCCCAUGUCUUCUUUGGGUUCACGGCACUUGGGGAUUUCACCGUAUGCAGGGCCUUAUGGCGCAUCCAACAUGUUCAAUGGAGAUGUAGUUAGUCAGAUAGACUUAUGUCACGACCCAAAAAAACAAAGAUAGACUUGUGUGUAGGAUGGCCAUGGAACUACCCGUUAGGCCUUUUACUCUUGACAAAGUAAAGCAGGAAGAUACAUAUCAAGAUAAGAUGGUUGCUGUUGAAGAAGACAAAGUGGUUGCAGCCCCUGAUGUGAAAAAUGCGCCGGUCAGUACUGAUUUUCAAACUAGCAAUGAUGUGGCAAAUUCUGAAAAUCACACUGACAGUAAUGUGGAUAAUUCUGCGUCUCAGCCCAAUGAGGAUCUCUCCAAUUCCAAAGCUGAAUCUAACAAAGGACUUCCUGCAUCUGAGACCCAACCUUCUAUUGGUGAUGCAAAUGAAGUGACAUUGCCCAACCAAGAGUUGAACAACACCAAACAACGUCCUCACAGUGGGCUAGAAAAUUCUGAGUCUCUACCAAACAACCAGUCAACCAAUGUUGAGGACCCACACAUCAAUCAGCCUGUUGAUUCUGAGGCACCAACCAAGAAUACAUCAGCCAGCUCUGAAGCUCCAGGUGACGAUAAGCUUGCCAGUUCUGAAGCUACUCUUGACCAGAAUCCUGCAUCUGAGGCUCCGUCCAGUGAUCAGUUGGUCAAUUCUGAGACACUUCCAAAUAAUGGUGUGGUAAAUUCUGAACAACAGACUAGUAAUGAUGUCGUUGCAUCUGAAACACAGCACAGCAACAAGGUGGCUGUAUCUGAAACGCAUCAUAGCAAUGAGGUGGUUUUAUCUGAAACACAGCAAAGCAAUGAGGUGGUUAUGUCUGAAACACAGCUUAGCAGUGAUGUAGUCAUGUCAGAUGCACAGCCCAAUACGAAGGUAGUCAUGCCUGACACGCAGCUCGGCAGUGAGACAGUCAUCCCUGAGACACAGCCCAAUCACGACACUGUCAUACAAGAAGCACAGACCGGCAACGAUGUGGUCAUGUCUGAAUCUCUAGCUGAAAAUGAGUUGGCAAAUUCCGCAACAAAUCCCAACACUCAGCUCUCUCAUACAGAAAGUCUUUCUCAUAAUCAUCAGUUUUCUGAUCUCCAUAUGAUUCCUGAAGAUCAGCUGCCUCAACCUGAAUCGCUGCCCAAUUCUGAUCCACUGCCUAGCUCUGAACCGCUGGCAGACAGUCAUCUCACAGACAUUAAACCAAUACCUCAUAAUCAUCUGGCCCAGUAUGAUACACUGCCAAACAAUCAUAUGGACCAUUCUGAGGUAAUGCCCAACCAUCAGCUAACUCACUCUGAGACACUGUCCCAUGAACAUCUAGCCAAUUCCCAAAUGUUGUCUCACUAUGAGCUGGAAAAUAGUGAAGCACUGCAUGACAAUCGACUAGUCAGUUCUCAACCACACUAUGAGAUAGUCAAUGCUACUAAUGUACCCAGCUAUGAGAUCGUAAAUGCUGAAACUCCAUUGAGUGAGGAACCUACCCCAGACACACAGCCUAACAAGAGGAGGAAAAAGAAGUCUAUAGUCUGGGAACACUUCACCAUAGAAACAGUCAGUGCUGGAUGUAGAAGGGCAUGCUGCAAGCAAUGUAAGCAAAGUUUUGCCUACAGUACUGGUUCAAAAGUUGCAGGUACUAGCCACCUUAAACGCCACAUUGCCAAGGGGACAUGCCCAGCUCUUCUGCGUAACCAAGAUCCAAAUCAGUUGACACCAUAUACUCCACGUUCAAGGGGAAGUGGUGCUGGCAAUGCUAGCAGUACACCAAAGCGACGCUACAGAUCCCCUAGUACUCCUUACAUUAUUUUUGAUCAAGAUCGCUGCCGCCAUGAGAUUGCUAGGAUGAUCAUUAUGCAUGAUUAUCCCCUUCAUAUGGUUGAGCAUCCCGGAUUUGUUGCAUUUGUCCAAAAUCUGCAGCCCCAGUUCAAUAUGGUGACAUUUAACACUGUUCAAGGAGAUUGUGUUGCAACUUACUUGAUGGAAAAACAAAACCUUAUGAAGUACUUUGAGGGAUUACCUGGACGUGUUUGUUUGACACUAGAUGUCUGGACCUCAAGCCAAUCUGUAGGCUAUGUGUUUAUAACUGGACAUUUUGUCGACAGUGAUUGGAAGUUGCAGAGGAGAAUUCUCAAUGUUGUAAUGGAACCAUACCCUAAUUCUGAUUCAGCUCUCAGCCAUGCUGUAGCUGUUUGCCUUUCUGAUUGGAAUUUGGAGGGAAGGCUGUUUUCUAUUACUUGUAAUCAGACUCUGAGUGAAGUUGCCCUUGGAAAUCUCAGACCGUUACUCUCUGUGAAGAAUCCACUUAUACUCAAUGGUCAGUUGCUAGUUGGAAAUUGCAUUGCACGAACUUUAAGCAAUGUUGCAAAUGAUUUAUUGAGCUCAGUGCACGGAAUAGUUAAGAAAAUCCGUGAUAGUGUAAAAUAUGUGAAGACUUCUGAAUCACAUGAGGAAAAAUUUCUGGAGCUCAAGCAGCAACUUCAGGUCCCCAGUGAAAGGAACCUUUUUAUUGAUGACCAAACUCAAUGGAACACAACAUAUCAAAUGCUGGUGGCAGCUUCUGAGCUAAAAGAAGUGUUUUCUUGUUUGGACACUUCUGAUCCUGAUUACAAGGGAGCCCCUUCUAUGCAAGAUUGGAAGCUGGUUGAGACCCUCUGCACAUACUUGAAGCCCAUUUUUGAUGCAGUUAACAUUCUUACCACAACAACUCAUCCCACUGCAAUUACCUUCUUUCAUGAAGUUUGGAAAUUGCAGUUGGAUCUGGCUCGUGCUGUUGUGAAUGAGGAUCCCUUCAUUAGCAACCUUACUAAACCUAUGCAAGAAAAGGUAGAUAAGUACUGGAAAGAUUGUAGCCUGGUUUUGGCAAUUGCAGUAGUUAUGGAUCCUCGUUUCAAGAUGAAACUUGUUGAGUUCAGUUUCACAAAAGUCUAUGGCGAUGACGCCCAUAUGUAUGUCAAGAUCGUUGAUGAUGGAAUUCAUGAGCUAUUUCAUGAGUAUGUUACCCUUCCCUUGCCACUUACACCAGCUUAUGCAGAAGAAGGAAGUGCUGGAAGUCAGACAAAGACAGAGGGAUCUCCAGGUGGAACUCUGUUGUCAGAUAAUGGAUUGACAGAUUUUGAUGUUUACAUCAUGGAAACUACUAACCAACAAAUGAAGUCUGAAUUGGACCAGUACCUAGAAGAGUCACUAUUGCCACGUGUUCCAGACUUUGACGUAUUAGGUUGGUGGAAGCUAAACAAACUCAAGUAUCCUACUCUCUCCAAGAUGGCCCGGGAUAUACUGUCUGUUCCAGUUUCGAGUGUUCCUCCUGACUCUGUUUUUGACACAAAAGUCAAGGAGAUGGAUCAGUACCGAAGUUCCUUGCGGCCAGAGACGGUUGAGGCCCUUGUAUGUGCCAAAGACUGGAUGCAUUAUGGAGCAGCUGAAGCUUCCAAUGCUCUAGUGAAGAUGGAAUUCUAGAUUUUAUAUAUUUAAUUUUUGUUUAGGGGAGGAUGGGAAAGCCCAAGGGAGACCCCUCAGGAGCAAAGGAAGGGGACGGAAAAGAAAAGACAACAUUGUGAUAUUUUGAUGAAUCUGCACAUUCUGUUUUAGGUGGUUGUACUUUGUGACGGUAGGUUAUUGUAUUUUACUUGUGUAGUUGUAGUUCUCUGUUAGGCUAUAUUCGUACAUUUAAAUGUGGAGAUUUGGAUGGUUGGACGUGAAUAUUUAAAUUCUAGUGUACUUCUGGAUUAGAUGCACGAAAAGAUCCCUUCCUUAAGAUGAUAUGUCAAUGUAAUAAUGCAUGCCCCUCAGUGUGGAAACAUCAGGAUUCGGGAGCUGCAGAUUCUUUGGAUUGGGCUCAUUUUACUCCAUCGGGAAUCCUCUUUUCUUUGAGGCAUCUCGUGCAUCUACUCAGGAAUCCAUUCCUAUGGUAUUGGAUUAUGCUUAACUGGGCGUAUAAAUUACCACUGUUCUUUUUAAUAACCUUUUUCGUUUUUGCGACAAGUUUCCAUACAAACGUUGUUGAACAGUUAGUGUUGGGUUGUUUUAGAGUGGGUAAAAUCGAUUUAGGUAUAUUUAAUUUUGUAUUGCUAAGCGCGAUAUGAUGUUUAUAUAAAGUGAAAAUAAACUGAUUUAUAAAGGAAAUAUGGUAGUUGAGAACCGAGAAUGUAACAUGUAGUUCUUCUCUAGAUACUAAUUAGUGCUUCGGAACUUAGUAAGGCUGUCACCGCUCAGACAAAUUAUCAACAUAUUUUUUAAUGCAC